AUGCCGAGGUUACAUGCCCAGAAAGUGCAACGACCAAUUGCGGGAUCUCCAGCCAUACCAUCUGCAGCAAAUAUCAUCUCAUCACCCGAGACUCACCAGUCAAGUACAUCGCCACAAAGUCUCCAUGCCGCGACUCCCGCCGUCCAAACAGGCAAUUGGCUUUCCUCAUUCGCCCCAGAACCCAUCAUCGCGCGUUUAUACGGAGACUGGUUCAACGAGAUCCAUCCUCUAGCUCCCAUCCAUCUUCGUCGCCAAUUCCUCCGCCGUCUUCAACAAGGCGAGGGCGACACGGACGCAGACUUCUGUGGUCUUGUCAUCAGUUUAUGCGCAGCUACGAAAGCAACACUUCCAAGACGCGACUAUGGACAUAUCACGGUAGACUAUUGCGUUGAGUUUCUCGAUACGCAUGGACUACUCAAAAGUCAGCUUGGUCGAGAUUGCUACAGCGUCGACAGAUGCAUUGCACUGUACCAUAUUGGUACGGCGAUGAGCGCUACCAGCCCAUCAGGACUGAGUAGUAUGCGCGCCUAUCAGGCUUUGAGUGACGCAGCUGCGGGGACGAGGUACCUCGUUUAUUACCGGUUGCAUGACUAUGAUGAGGCUCAACAACAGCUUUUGAGGAGGUUAAUGUGGUUACUAUUCGCUAGCGCAUGUAGCGCGGACAUCUUUGGACGGCUCCCAAUCAGUCUUCUCAGUCCCGAGCGUAUGGACACAUUCCCGAAGUCAUUAGCACUGUCGGAUAAUCAGAUGGAGCCGUCAGCUUUUGAAUCGGCUUGGCAUGGAAAUGACACGAGUUAUAUUCCCGGCCUUAACUCACUAAGCGAUUUAUUCCUCAUAUGGCAAAACAUGCAGCAUACGCCGAAAGAGACUGAUCCCCAAGCCACAAUCACGAAAUACUUGAUAAAAGUCCAAAAAGUUCUAGAUGAUCUUCCACCCCAAUUGCGAUGGCGCGGCGGUCUAUCCCGCCCUGCUACUGUCACAGAAGGGCAUGAUAGUCAAAUAGCCAACCUCUUCGUAACCAGCCUCAACAUCCGAUCCAAUAUUCUACAAAAGUUUGGACCAACAGAGGAUACCCCGAAGCAACAUGGAAAGAUCAUCGAUGAUUUGUUGGAAAUCCUAUAUCAUCUACCCAGUACCGUCUUCCACGCAAAUGGCAGCAGUCUUGUUCCGAAAAUCCGGGACAUCGGAGCUGCAUACCUAGAACAUGGUGGGGAGAAGGUCCGAAGCAAAUCUGGAAGCUCAGUGCAUCUCAUCGUCAAAAAUGAACCAUUCCUCAUGCUCCCAGGCGAGCUCCACAAUUCAUCACUCAGCUCAGCCAAAUUCAUGAGUGAGGUUUGGCCAAAAAUGAAAGCCGACCACAUCGACACUCUACUUGGUUCAGUAGCAUGGGAAAUGAUCGAGCCUGCUGAAGGUCAAUUCGACUUUGCUGAGCUUGACGCUGUUCUCGCUGGUGCAAGAGAGCAUGACAUGAAGCUUGUUCUCCUCUGGUUCGGAACGUACAAGAAUGGUCUUUCUACAUAUACACCAGGUUGGGUCAGGAAAGACCCUAAGAGAUUUCCCAGAGUUCAAGUUCUCGAGGCUGGAGGUGUAAAGAGGACUCUUGAGAUGAUUACUCCGCUUUGCGAUGCCGCAUGUGAAGCUGACUCACGAGCAUUUGCUGCUUUGUUGAGACACUUGGCGGAGGUUGACGCGGAGCAUCAAACCGUUCUAAUGGUACAAGUUCAAAACGAGACGGGAGUUCUUGGUGACUCUCGUGAUUGUUCAAACAGCGCGAACAAAGCAUUCGCUGAACCCAUUCCUGAAAACCUUGUCCAGCAUCUCCGCCAAACCGAUACCCACUCGCGAUUCAAGAAGCGUGUUCCCAACGUCCCUUCGUCGGGCUCUCAUACCUGGCAGUCUCUCUUCGGAGCAGGACAAGCGGCCGAUGAGGCUUUCAUGGCCCAUCUCAUUUCCUCAUACGUAGGACGUGUUGCAGCAGCUGGAAAGAAAGAAUAUACCAUUCCCUUGUACACGAACACAUGGCUCAACAUCGAAGGACCAUCGGAUAUCGACUUCGGCGGAGAUGGCCCUGCUGUGGUCGGUGGGGGUGAUCAGCCUGGUAUCUACCCAUCUGGCGGCCCGUGUCCCCACGUCUUGGACAUCUGGCGUUUCAACACACCAUCUCUCGACCUGAUAGCACCGGAUAUGUAUUUCCAUGACUACGAGAUUGUGUGCAAGAACUAUACCGAGCAGGGAAAUACUCUCUUCAUUCCCGAGCAGCGACGCGAUGAGUACGGAGCUAGACGUAUCUGGCUCUCCUACGCUACCCACGGUGCUCUCGGCGCCAGUCCCUUCGGUAUUGACACAGGCUCCGAUAUCAUCGGUCGAGAAUUCAAGCUUCUCAACCAAACCAAACAAUUCCUUCCCAACGCCGCACCUGAAGACCGCUUCGGGUUCUUCUUCGACGAAGAACCAAGCGAGAAAAAGCCAGAGCAAUGGACCCGUGUCUUCGGUGACAUCAAAGUCAUCGUAGAGCGUUGUUUCGUCUUCGGCAAGCCUGGCCCUGGGGUGGCAUGGUCAUUCAUCUGGGCAACUCCAAGUUCCUACUUGUAG